AUGCACGAUCGAACCAUCUGGAACUCUCUUCUUUAUUCUCUCAGCAACCACAUCCCACUAAUCUCGACAUUCGCGCGAGACCCAGCAACCGCAGCUUCUCAACUAUCUACCAAAGACCUGGAACGAUUUGUGAUCUCAACCUACCGCAUAGAUCGGACAUGGCUUCAAUCGCGCGGUCCGCCCAUCUCGCUGAGUAUUCGACCCAAGCUUGGCAUUGAACAGGACGUCUCGCACAAUUUAACGGACAACAGAACGAUUUUGUCUCUGGAUACCAUUGACGACCGGUGGUUGCUAUGUGUAUACCAUGAACGCUUUCUCGAGCUGUGGGAUCUAUUGUCGAAAGGAUCGAUCCCAACUAAUGCGCCUGCGGACAUCGUUUGCUGCCUCUGCAGCCAUCUCCCGGGUGACAGCCCGUGCACAUCUAGUCGUGCAUCUCUGGAUGAAGAUCAAUCAUCCAUAAUUCUUGCCGUCACUUCAAACAGUGUCUGUAAUUUCUUUCGGGUGGUUCUCCCUGUAUCGCAAAACAACGCAGCAGUAGAAGCAGCGCGCUUAGAAUCGAUCGCGUCUAUACAGAUGACCAGCCCUACACUCCUCGCGCGCUCCAUCUAUCCCCCGGGACAACUAGCGUUUUUCUCGUACUCAAACUCCUUCAUGAUUGUCAAUUGGAACUCGCACAUGCAAUGGCCGAUAGACGUCUCUGAUCAACACGAGGAGGAAUUGUGGAAUGGCGUAAUAGGUGCCGAAUUCGUUACACCUCGUCACAUCAUCUGUGUAAAGGCGCACGCUGUCGAGCUAUACACCCUCCCGGUAUCUUUGUCUGAAUCUUACAGUAGUCCCAGCAUUCCCGGCGUGCCACGGGCGAAUACUCGCGUUCGAGUAGAUGUCCUUUCUCAUUCCUUCCCGAACUUCACUUUCCGUGGAGUUUCUCUCUCCACGCCUCGAUUCCUCUCGUUAUCAAACCGAUUGAACGCGAACACAAGCGCGUCGCUCAACUUCCUCGCCUAUGAUGUCCUCCGAGGAUUAUUUCUCUAUCGCGUGUCCUUGCUGCUGCCCCCUCUUGCGCUCGAUAAUACCUACGACGUCCCACCCCCGCACAUGAGCGCUAGUCUUCUGGCUGCGCACCACAUGGCGAUGUAUAUUGGCAAGUCCACUGGCAACCCGGCUACGACUUCUACCAGUUUACCGCGAAGUGGGAUGACUCCUGGUACUCGUGGGUUUGUAUCCACAUGUGUUUUGGGGCGUACGGGCAGGCGAGGACUGUGGGUCGAGCGUAAGCGAGGCAGUGUCAGGAGGGGUGUGGUAGGAUUCAGCACACCUAUUGAUGCCUGGGACCGCUCAGAUGACUUGCAGCUCGAAGAGAAAAUAGGGGGAGAGGCGGAACAAGAUGGAAAUGAUGCCGAUAAUGAUGCUGACGCAGAAUCCGAGGCUAACUGGUGGGACGACCCCAACAGUCGUUUCAUAGAUGGUAAUACAAUAUUCGAGGUGAAUUCAUAUGAUUUACGAGGUCAGUUGGUCCUCCUUCAUUAA